GAAUUGAAAAACAAAAUGGAGAAGAGAGGUCAUGUCCUUGUGCUCACAUACCCCGCCCAAGGCCACAUCAACCCACUCCUCCAAUUCGCCAAACGCUUAGCCUCCAAAGGCCUCAAAGCCACUUUCGCCACUACCCAUUACACCGUCAACUCCAUCCACGCCGACGGCGUAGAUGUCCGGCCGAUAUCCGACGGCUACGACGACGGUGGCUUUAAACAUGCCCCAAGCGUUGAAGCCUACCUAGAAUCAUUCAAAACAGUAGGUUCCAGAACUGUAACCGAGCUCAUACUGGAGUUCAAAAAUUCACCCUCACCUGUUGACUGCCUUGUGUUUGAUUCAUUGCUUCCAUGGGCACUUGAUGUUGCCAGAGAAUUGGGGGUUUAUGGAGCUGUGUUGCUGACCAAUUCAGCUUCGGUAUGUUCAAUGUACUGGCAUAUUCAUCAGGGUCUUCUGGGUUUGCCGGUGAAGCCGGAAAAUCUGCCGGUGGUAUUUCCGGGCGUUCCUCCGCUUGGAUUUUCCGAUAUGCCGAGUUUUCUUGCACAGCCUGCGGAUCACUCUGCUUAUCUGGCGACGAUCAUGGAGAAAAUUGAAUGUUUGGAUCAGCAUGAUUGGGUGUUUGUGAACACUUUUGAGGAGUUGGAAAGUGAGCUAGCAAAGGCCAUGUCGGGACUCUGGCCGGUGGAGAUGGUUGGUCCGGUGCUGCCAUCAGCAUACGUAGACGGACAGAUUGAGGGAGAUACAGAUUACGGAGGCAGUCUGUGGAAGCCAAAUGGUGACCAAUGCUUAAAUUGGCUCGACACCAAGCCACCUAAAACAGUGAUUUACGUCUCGUUUGGAAGCAUGGCUCAAAUUGCAGCCAAACAGGUGGUCGAAAUUGCCCGGGCCUUGCAAGGGAGCAACAAACAUUUCAUAUGGGUUGUAAGGGAGUCUGAAAAUGAUAAGUUGCCCAUUGAUUUUAUAAGCUCCAUAGACCAAAUUGGGUUGGUUGUGGCAUGGUGUAACCAGCUAGAGGUGCUGGCUCAUGAAGCUGUGGGGUGUUUCAUAACACAUUGUGGAUGGAACUCGACGUUGGAGGCGUUGAGCCUAGGUGUGCCAAUGGUGGCAAUGCCACAGUGGAGUGAUCAGCCUGCCAAUGCCAAGUUUGUGGAGGAAGUGUGGAGGGUGGGAGUGAGAGGGAAGAAGGAUGAAGAAGGAAUUGUGAGAAGGGAAGAAGUAGAGAGAUGCAUUAGACUAGUUAUGAAGGGAGAAAAAAGUGAGGAGAUUUGGAGGAAUGCCUCUAAAUGGAAAGAAAAUGCUAAGAGAGCUGUUAGUAAAGGAGGAAGCUCGGAUAAGAACAUCAAUAAGUUUGUUGAAGUGCUGCUGAAGGGAAAGGGGAAGCAAACUUGAUCACGGGUUCUGUUUGAUGAAGGCCUUGUGAUACGAAGUUAAAAUUGGUCAAAAGUAGAAUCCAUGUAUAAUAUGUUUCAUGUAUAUUUGACGGGGACUUGUUUGAUAUUAUUAUUAGGGGUGGUAAUUUAUGAUAUAAUACGAAAACA